AUGUUGAAGGCAUUCAUCGCCUCUACUUGCGACGAUGUCGACACGCUCCGUCAAGAGAUUGAGUCCUGCAACAGUGCCAGAAGCCAACCUCAUGUUGCAGGGACCGUGGCCGUCUUGAAUCGAUUGCUGAUCCUUGCACAUCAAAUCGCCAGAAUCAGCAAGAGUGCUGCAAUUGAAGGUGCUGUCAGCGUCAAGGUGCUGGAAAGCAAUCAGAUGCUGGUAAAGCUCGCGUGGUUUCUCACCCUGCGACAAGAAAACACUGCUAACCUGUUCUCCUACAUCGCGAAACGAUCUGGGAGUCACUCUGUCCGUGACGCGCUGCUCUUCCAUAUUCCAGUCGCUGAGAUUGAGACCAUCGUCAUACUACACCAAGUGUGUCCUGGCCAGUCAUGGGCUACUUACCUGAACAAUCUGCCGUCAUACCUUCUAGGAGCCGAAAAGAGUGAAGCUCAUCCUGCAGAAACGUUGGCCUAUACGAUCCUCAUCCUGGGAUGCCUUUAUUCUGUUGAUGGUGUCAGGGAGCGCACCGCAGGGGCCAGAGAAUUUUCGGACAUCUUCGCCAGCCCUGGUCUCUCUGGGCUUCCGACAGCGAUGACAGACUUCCUCAGAUUCUUCACUCAAGAGACCGCACGAAGGAAGUCAAAGAGAAUCAAGGACCCUCAUUUGAAAAAGUUGGCGCAAUUUGGUCUCGUUGCAUUCCAGUGGUGCCUGGUUCUUGCGCGGAGUUCGGAGGAAGAUGCUGCUGAUAACUUGCUGAAACAGAUGUUCAAGCAGUACUCCAAUAAGUCCAACAAUAUGCUUGACUUUUUCUCACCCACUACGACAGAAGUGCCUAGAUUCCUGGAUCGCCAGGUUGGAAUCUCGGAACUGGCGCCCCAGCCUGAUGACACCGACUUUCACCUCUUUCUCAAGCUCACAGCCUUCACUCUGGCCGUUCAGCCCAGCAUUGGCUCUCAGGACAACGAAAGGUUGAGAAAAUUCAAGCUACGCAAGUUGUCCUUGGUGUUCAGUCUAUUACCUAACAAUGGUCGCGAUGCCGGGGACGAUAAACCCCUUCUUGUCGAAGAAUCCAAACCACUGACAGUUCGAGACCUUGGAGCUGUGGCAAACCGCUAUCUUUUAUUUUCCACACUCUAUCACUACGCACCAGCUGGUGUCAAACCGGAAAUAUCGAAGGUCAGAGAUCUGGUCGAGUUCGGCAACGCUCACGACGCCGUAUGCACGCUUGCUCUUCGAUGCUGGGCUAGUACCGUCAGGUCGACCAUCCCGCAAUCGGCAUAUGCGCCAGAACUCCAUGAGCUGGCUGUGUGGAUUCAAGACAUGAUUUUCAAGAUUAGUGACAAGCUGAAAGAAAUUCCCGUUGCCGAUAAUGACGGCUUAGGUGGCGACGGCGAAGAAUCUUACGUGGCCAACGCCCACCGACAAAAUCGAGAGACCGCCAAUUCGCGGCUCAUCAGUAUAGCGAAAGUAUAUGCCGAGGCUCUCGAUCUCUGCUUUGGCGAAUGCCAGGCGCGAUACCUCUUGACAGGCGAUCGUCUUCCCGACCUGAUUCGUCUUUGCGACGCGCGCAAUGGCCUUGAUGAUCGAGUCAUCAGCAGGAUCUUUGAUGUAUUGACCGCAUACCUCAGAAAGGCUUCGGGCGCCCCCACGGAUUCGGUCAAAAUGCUACGAGAUGACCUACGGGAAAUCGUCCUGACUCACCUCAGCCGCCCGCGUCCCCCUGAUGACAUGCUGAUGAUGUCGAUGGUAGAGACGUGGUAUACGCUUGCACAUAUCUUGGUAGACGGAGGAAACAACACUUGGGAUGAUUACUGGUCCAUCUGGGCCUCCUAUUCCAUUUACCGAUUCGGUGGUGGCACCGAUGCGGCCAGACACUGUCGCGUCAUCAUGUCCAGCAAGAUCGCAUCGAACAGGGCUUUUGUGGUUUCACAGAUACGUGAAUUCCUCACCAGCUGGUUAACGGGAAUCCUAGGGCCAGAGGACGACAUCAGGUUCGAACACCUGCUUACAAACACGUUAAUGAAGACUUUUCCCGACAUUCUUGGCCUUGGGGAUCUGCGCAGAAAACUUGCAGAUGGGGCACCGAAUUUCGAUCUUACUCGCAAUGAUCUGAUCAAACAUCGCCUGGAAAUCGUUCGCCAUGUGGUACGAAACGUCAUUCAAGAUGCCCAAUCCGCGAAUGAGCUCUCAUGUGUUGCCUCUCUCACCCAGUUACAUGCAGAGCGUCUACUCGAGACUAUCACAAGUGCCCUGAAGGACACCUGGGGACGGCUCGAAGGGGCGACGAGACAGGCAUGGACACCGUUCAUUCACGAGGUUGUGUUUGAGCUGAGCAGAUACUCGUUCCCAACCUUCAGGAUCGACCCAUGGUUCCUGGAUCCAGAAGACCUAGAACUUGAGGAUAAGGUUCUUCAUCUAGAACGGCUCUUUGUCUGCCACUUGGGAAUCUCGGCUCAACUCGACGAUGAGUACGCGGUUGCAACCUUCCGCAUAGCCUGCGAACUGGCUGUAGUGCACGAUACAACGGAGGAUUUGAUUAAGCACCUCGCCACUACGUUCUCUGCAAGCGACGUCAAAUACAUCGACGACGAAGGGAGAUUCAUGCUUGACAUCCCAGCCCAAUUCCGCUUCAUCAGAGCAGUCUUUCCAGUUUAUAUCGAGCGGGUGCUGGACGACCGCUGCCCCACAGUGGUCCUAGGGCCUACGGUGAUGGCUAUAGCUACAGAAAUCUGCAACAGACUCGAAACUCGUGUUGAUCUUGAAGACCAGCCUCGCAUGGAGCAGUUCGCCGCCAUGACAGUAGUGCUGAUGAGUGCGGCCGUCAAGGCACUGCAGUCCACACCCUGUGACUACGAGACAGCGUUCGGCAGUGCACUUGGAGCGUUGGCUGACCUCGUCUGCCUCUGCGCGAGCGUUUGCAGCCGUUGGGCGCACCUUCACCUCCUUUUUCCGACAUCGGCUGCAACCCUAGCACUGCAGGAGAAUGUGCAGACGUAUGGCUUGUACGUUUACGAAUAUGCCUGUUCGGCUCUUCGUUUGCCUUGCAUCCCAACAGACCCGAACUUCUGGGCAGCACAUUCGAGCAGCAGAGUGAGGUCGGCGAAGGAUUUUGGGUUUUACUUAACCGACAUCGAGUCCUUCAAUACCGAAGAUGUUGUCGCUCUCAACAAGGUGGCCAGGAACGACCUCGAGCACUCAGCACGGGAGUUGUGGACGCGUGCCGGGCCAGUCUGGCGCUACAGGAGGCCCGGGUCUUCGGAGUGGACGCUGGAACCAGAAGGCCACAAGGCUGAGGAGGUGAGGGAAGAUGUCAGAAUGGCUGUGCAAGAACUGUUGCGCGCGCUGGAGUUGUUGGGUGUGAAGUAG